CUGUUCCAGUAAAACAGACUAAGUUAUUAUCUACGUAUUAUCAGUACAGUACAGUACCAAUAACUACCUGAUUAUUAUGGAUUUCAUUCUCUAGGUUAUCAAUGAAAAUUUUAGCUAGCAGAAGACUCAACAGAUAGCUCCGGACCCGAAAUUUCGAAUCUGAUAACAUCUCUUGUAGGCAAUUCCUCCUUCCCUUCGCACAUUAAUUUCUAUUUUCCCACGGCACCAGCGAGAUUUUAUAUGCCACUACAAAAAAUAACUAAUGUAUGGUUCAAUAGAUACAAUAUAACUCCUGGGGAUCCGGAAGACUCAGAUGGAAUAGAAGAAUCAGCAGAGGAAAUAAAAAAAUUGAUUUAUGAAAUCAUUGAGAUGGAUGAAGUUCCCGUUAAUCGAAUUGUAGUAGGUGGAUUUUCAAUGGGUGGGGCGCAGGCUCUCCAUAUGGCCUACCGAUUCACACCUGGAGUAGCUGGAGUAUUCGCAUUGUCAUCAUUCCUCAACAACGAUUCAGCAAUCUUCGGAAUGGAAAAAAUUCCAGACAUUCCCCUUCAUAUGUCUCAUGGCAAACAGGAUCCAUUCAUAUUUUUUCCGUGGGGCUUCGAAACCUUUGACAAAUUAACAAAACUUGGCGUGAGAAACGCUGAGUUUGUCGGGAUUAACAACACUUCGCACGAAUUGAAGAAAAACGAACUUCUGGGGUUGUUUGAUUGGAUACAAAACAUUGUACCACCUCUUGAAGAUAAUGAAUCAAAUGACAUAUAAAGGUUCAAUUAUUGGAGCAAAUAAUAUUCUUUGAUAAUUAUUACCUUCCACAAUAUUGAAAAUAUAGAAUAAUCUAGAAUUGUAUACAGCAGCAGAAAAAGAAAUAGUUCAACACGACAAAUUACUAAAAUAACGCAGAGAGGUGCAACUAAAAAUUUCGAGUUCAAUCUCAAAAUUUCCACUUUAAACACUCAAUUUUUACUUUGACCUAGUAAUUUUGGAUUUGAAUUCAUAAAUAAACAUACUUUUCACCAUUUCAA